CGGGGCUGAGGGGGCGGCCGGGCUGGGCCCCGCCGAGCCCAGUGCCCACUUACCGCCUCCGGGCCGCCCUGGGCCUCGCUCAGGUGGUGCCUUCGCCCGCCCUCCCGGCAGCUCCCAGCUCCCUCUUCUCUCCGAGGCCUCCCGACAUCUCUUCUGUCUUCUCUGCAGAGGUUUUUCCAGGACACCAUUAUGAGUGAUCAAAUCCAGUUCAUUGUUGAGAAGCUCAAUCAGGAGCCCUUCAGGAAGAACUACAAUUUAAUCACGUUUGACUCCUUAGAGUCAGUGCAGCUGUUGCAGCUGCUCAGUGAUGUUCUGGGGGAGAUUGACCCAAAGCAUGCUGUUGAUAUUAGAGAGGAGCUGCCAGAACAAACAGCUAAAAGAAUGUUGAGCCUUCUUGGUAUCCUCAAAUACAAACCUCCAGGGAGUGUAUCAGACGUGAGUGCAUUUCGCCAGGGGUUAAUUACUGGAAGCAAACCUGUAAUCCAUCCUCUCUUACACUGGCUUCUUCAGAGGACCAAUGAACUCAAGAAAAGAGCUUAUCUGGCACGUUUCUUAGUAAAGCUGGAAGUUCCAGCAGAAUUCCUACAGGAUGAUACUGUGGCUGACAACAACAAACAGUAUGAAGAAAUGAUGGAAGCCUUCAAAAACCUACAUAAGGAGUGUGAGCAGCUCAAAACAUCUGGUUUAUCUACUGCAGAAAUAAGAAGGGACAUCAGUGCAAUGGAAGAGGAGAAAGAUCAACUCAUCAAAAGAACAGAGCGUCUCAAGAAGCGGGUGGAGACAGUACAAAAUCAUCAACAAAUGCUUGAAAUAGCAAGACAGCUUCGCCUAGAAAGAGAGAGAGAAGAAUCUUUGGCUCAACAGAAACAAGAACAAAAAAAUCAGUUGUUCCAUGCAGAGCAGAGACUGCAAAGAGCACGGUUCCAGCUGAAAGAAAUGCAUCAUGCAGUAGUGGAUUCAAAACCUGAAAGUCUAAUGAAGAAACUGGAAGAAGAGAUAAAUUUCAAUUCAUACUUGGUUAGUGAAAAGAUGCCUAGAGAGAUUGAAAGUAAGAAGAAUUCAAUCUAUUUCUUACAAAAGGUUGCUGCAGAGCCAGCUAUGAGCCAGUCUGAUCUUGAUGUACUUGAUGUCAAGAUAAAUGAAGUAAAUGCAGAAAUUAAUCAGCUUAUUGAAAAAAGAAUGAUGAAGUAUGAGCUAACUGAUAAUAAAUUCUUCAUGUAUCGCCAACAGGCGUCAAUCGUUUCCCGGAAAAAGGAAGCCAAGGCUGAAGAACUGCAGGCUGCUAAGGAGGAGAUGUCCAGCACUGAAAGGGAGAUGCUGGAGAAGACCAACCAGGCCCGUGAGCUAGGAGGCUCUGAAGUUCUGAAAGGGGAUGAGUUAAAACACUAUGUGAACAAGCUCCGGAGCAAGAACACCUUUUAUAAGAAGAAGCGACAGGAAAUAGCAGAAAUUACAGCCGAGUGUGGUGUCCUCCAGAGGACAGAAGAACUGCUCCAACAGCGCCACGAGGCUCUCCAGCAGCAGUUGCAAGCUAUUGAAGACAAGAAGGGAAUUUCUGGAUAUAGUUACACCCAGGAGGAGCUGGAAAGGGUUUCUGCAGUGAAGAGUGAAACGGAUGAGAUGAAAGGCCGGACACUAGAGAACAUGUCUGACAUGGUAAAAAAACUGAAUGCAGUGGUGGCAGAGAAGAAGGCAAGCUUAGCUCCUGUCAUCAAAGAGCUCAGGCAGUUGCGUCAGAAGAGCCAGGAGUUAACUCAAGAAUGUGAUGAAAGAAAGAUCCAGUACGACAGUUGUGCGGCGGGGCUGGAGAGCAACCGCUCUGCGCUGGAGCAGGAAGUGAAAAGCCUUCUUGAGGAGUGUGUUCAGGAAGAAAGCAACUACCAUUACAUCAACUGCAUGAAGAGGAACCUGGCAGUGCAGCUGGAGCGUGCUAAGGAGGAGAUGAAGGCCUAUGUCACCCCAGACCCACGGGGGAAAGGAAAGACAAUUCGAGAACAAUAUACACAAAUGAUCAUUGAACAUGAAAACCUUGGGAAGAAAUUACGAGAGAAGCAGAAAGUUGUACGGGAAAGUCAUGGGCCAAAUAUGAAGCAAAUGAAAAUGUGGCAGGACUUUGAGCAGUUAAUGAAAUGUAAGAAGGAAUGUUUCCUGAAACAACAACAAGAAACAGCCAUUGGGCAGGUCAUUCAGGAAGAAGGCAAAGACAGGCUUGUGUUAUAA